CAUAUUAUUGUCUAGAUAAUUUUUAAUAGGAGCAGCUGCAUUCUAUUCCCAUAAUAUUUCACAUGGAAUUCCUUGCAAAUAAGAUAUUAAUUGAUAUAAAUACAUAAAUUUUUCUUGACAGUCGAUAAACAAUAAUAUCUUCCUAUAUCGUUUAGAAAACCUGGUAAAAGAUUUUGUACAAGAAUAAAGUUUUGCAAUAUAAUGUAUUUGCCAUUUAUUUUCUUAAUUUGGAAUAAGCAAGGAUGCAUUCCUUCUGCUAAUCUUCUGAUAGAAUAGAACUGCAUAUGGUUUCUUCUAAAUGUAAGUAUAAUAAGAACAGUGCAUUCAAAAAUCUUUCAUUGUUUCAGUAUUCUUGGAUUUUUCUUAUCAUUCUUGAUAAUAAUGAGUAGUCACUUUCAGUUUACCACCCCUCUUGUAUGAAUCAGUUAUCAACUUCUACCCUAAAAACUUGUCAGAAAUACCCUACACUACGAGGAUAGUAUAUGGGGUAUUACACUGAGGGUAUUAUGUUGUAUGUUCAUAGUGACAUCAAUGAAAUCAGUCAAUGUUUGUGUUCAGGAGAGAUUUUGGAACCGAGGCGAUGCAAAACUUUCUUUGACUUGUGUAUUUUGUUGUCCCGUUAAUUUCAGAUAAUCUUUUCAAUUAAUUUUCUAACGUACACCUACCUUUUAUAUAUCAAUUUAGUUUUUUAAGAGGUAAAAAAAAAACUUCCUUAAAUUAUCCCUAAAAUUAUAAUUAUAUUAUUAUAAGAUUAGGGAUUCCUUUAGAGAUUAACUCGUUCUUUAAAUGUAAUUGUAAACAAUUGCAGAUCCAAUCUAUCGUUGACAACUUCACAAUUAUAAAUUGUUAAUUUAUUCUUAAUUCGAUAUGAGUAUAAUAAAAGUGAAAUAUCAUGAAUAUGCUUCCAGAAGUAAUGAUGAUGUUGAUGAUGAUAAAGACGUUGAAACAGUAUGUACCGACAAGGAAAUCUUAGUGAACGUUGACUGUCCUAUUGGACUUAUAUUAGAUUACGUUCGGCAAGUCAUUCGAUUGGAUAAAGGAUGUACAAUCGAUUUUUGUGACGAAAUUAAUAGUCAAUUAAGGAACUUAUCUAUAGCUGAACCUUCCACUUCAUGUUUACACUUUCUUCAACCAAAUAACACAUAUUUCGUAGUUACUUUCGCAAGUAAAUUUUGCAGUAUUAUCUACUAUAUUAAUCUAUUGUUUCAUGAUAACAUAUUGUACAUAGGUCAUAAUAACGAAGUUACAACGUUAGUACCUCUUUUAAAUACAAAAACAGGAAAGAAAUGUACGGAAAUAUUGAAAAGAAUUCGCCAGAAGAAAAGCGCACAAAAAUAA